UACUGCUUUCGGUUUCUUCGGUUCUUUCAGUGCUGUUCCAGCAGUUUGUAAAAAUGGCUGUUACUGGGUUGACGUGUAUGUCACCCUUGCUUCUUCUGCUAGCAUUCGUCCUCCUGGUGGACGAUCUCGGUCUGCCAACCGUGAACGGAAAUGCCCAUCUGGUGCACCGGCGCUUCGAGUACAAAUAUUCCUUCAAGCCGCCCUAUCUGGCCCAGAAAGAUGGAACCGUGCCCUUCUGGGAGUACGGUGGAAAUGCUAUCGCCAGCUCGGAAAACGUGCGAAUAGCGCCUUCGCUGCGCAGCCAAAAGGGUGCCAUCUGGACGAAGCAGAAAACCAACUUCGAUUGGUGGGAGGUGGACGUUGUGUUCCGAGUGUCCGGCCGGGGUCGGAUAGGUGCCGAUGGUCUAGCCUUCUGGUACACAGCUGAGAAGGGUGACUACACCGGGGAAGUGUUCGGCUCGUCGGACAAGUGGUUUGGUUUGGGCAUAUUUUUCGACUCGUUUGAUAACGAUAACAAACACAACAAUCCCUACAUUUCGGCCGUGCUGAACGACGGAACGAAGAAGUUUGACCACCAGAAUGACGGUGCUACACAGCUGCUAUCGGGAUGUUUGCGCGACUUCCGAAACAAACCUUUCCCAACGCGUGCCAAGAUCGAAUACUACAGUAAUAUUCUCACCGUGCUGUUCCACAAUGGAAUGACCAACAACGAUCAGGACUAUGAAAUGUGCUUCCGAGCGGAGAAUGUCCUUCUCCCGAAGAAUGGUUACUUUGGAGUUUCUGCCGCCACCGGUGGCCUGGCUGAUGAUCAUGAUGUUUUCCACUUCCUCACCACUUCGUUGCAUGUGCCUGGAGAGAUUAAAAGCGAAGUACCGCAGGACCAGGAUCAAGCCAAAUUGACGCAAGAAUAUCAGGACUACCAGAAAAAGUUGGAUCAACAAAAAGAAGAAUACAAAAAAGAGAACCCCGACACAAACACGGAAGAUUUGGAGAAUUGGUACGAGGACAGUAACGCGCGAGAGCUUCGUCAGAUUUGGGAAGCCCAAACGGCUACCCACGAUCAGUUGAGAUCGCUCAGCUCGAAAUUGGAUGAGGUUAUCGGUCGUCAGGAGCGCACCCUCGGUUUACUGUCGGUUUCUGCCCAGGGAGGUGCUCCACCGCCACAAGCUCAACAUGCCGGCCAAGCUGUGCCACAGAUAACGGCUGGAAGCGGCGGUAUUCAGCGUCACGAAGUCGAUGCGCUUCUGCAGAACCAAAAUGUGAUGGCACAAACUGUUCGAGAGAUUCGGUCCAUCAUUGGGGAGGUACACGCCCGGGCUGACAGCAUCCUGACUAACCAGGCACGAGCUCCAACGGCACAGAUCCAAGGUGGUGGUUAUGACGUACAAAGUUUAAUCCACGAAAUGAGAGACAGCAUGAACCAAGUGAAGCAAGGCGUGGCGGGCGUUACGCAAAGACUUCAACAGCCUAAUGCACAAGCCAACGUGCAGUGUCCCACGCAAAAUUGUGUGAGUAUGACAGCGUUCCUGGUUACGAUAGUCGUCCAUCUGUUAGUGAUAGUAGGAUACAAUAUGUACAAGGACAGCAGAGACUCCCAAGCGAAAAAGUUCUACUAAAGGGUGCGCCAGCUAGUUCCCGCGCUGCCCAACGAAAUGCAUGCGAUCCAUCCAACAAAUCACAAACAAAUAACAAAACGGAGAGGAGUAGGAGGACAGUCAGUAUAUACUACAUUAGACGAGCAUUGUGCGCAAAAAUAAGAGGAGACACAUUGAUACCGAAAUAUCAAACCACAAUAGCGUUAGGUAAGGCAUCCGAUGACGACGACAGUGGCAUGAGAGCAUUUAUUACUUAAUUCACAACACUAUGUCACUGAUCGCGAUGUAUGAGCGAGACUAUGCUGAUUACGAGAGAGGUUGUACAAUGGAUGUGUUUAAUCUUUUUUUCUCUGUCCACUCCCAAUCCUACGGUGAGAGUUAGUUUGAUUUUAGUUUUUUUUGUUCAAACCUUGGAUGCGUAUACGCACAUUUAUUAAUGUAGUAAAAGAGAUAUGAGUUCGAAUAUAAAUAUUUGCAAGGAGUUGAAUAUGAAUGCAAAAAUUUCUUGGGAAAACAUUUUCGUUCGCUCAUCAGUUAUACGAUAGGUAAUUUCCGUUAAAAGAUGUGUCGUUGUAUAUGUGUAUUAUGUUUGUGCUGUGCAUUCGAUUUAAAAGAGCGUUUAUGUGAAAUAAACAAGAUUUAUUAGAAUUGA